AUGAAGUCUAACGCGCGAGUGUCCAUUGUGGCUUUGUUCUUGGUGGUGUUGGUGGGUUCAAAGGCAUUCGUUGAUGGGGCCGGAGAGUGUGGGAAGACUCCAAUUGGAUCGGCGGCAAGUAGUUUGCUUCCAUGUUUGAGUGCAGCACGGAAUGUGAAAGUUAAGGUUCCACGCCUUUGUUGCUCAAAAGUGAAUGCAUUAAUCAAGAGUUCACCAAAAUGUCUUUGUGCCGUUCUGUUGUCGCCUUUGGCUAAGCUGGGUGGAAUCAACCCUGCCAUUGCUGUUACCAUCCCCAAACGUUGCAACAUUAAGAACAGGCAAGCCGGAAAGAAGUGCGGAAAGUACACCAUCCCAUGA